UUCUUCCAUCAUCUCCUCUGUUUUCUUCCACCCCUUCUUCUUCUUCUUCUUCUUCUUCUUCUUCUUCUGGUUUUUUAAUUUUUAUGAAAACUUUCAUAACAAAAAUGGAAACUAAAACACGAAGCCGGAGGGGGGAUUGAUUAACUAAACUCUUCUCUGUUCAUCCAGUUUCUUAAAUGGAAGCCACCGAAAUUUUAGUUCCGGUGAAUAAAUCCCAACCCACGGCGGUGUCCGAUCAUCUUGUUCCGGGGGCUACUCAUUGAUACUGGGGAGUUAGAUCUAGAAGUAGAAUUUGAUGGCCGGCGGCGGUGGCGGUGGCGGUGGCGGUUGUUUGUCUUCUCCGACGAGUAGUAAUAGGAAAUUGACUUCGUCUUUCUUUGGUUCUCCGAGGUUGUUUGAAACAGAGGCUAUAAUGAGUCCAACGUCAAUUCUCGAGCCAUUUUUGGGUCUGAGGAAUUCGUUUUGGUCGGAAUCAAGUUCGCCCAGAACGCCGAUUACGGAGUCCAAACGGCCGUGGGAUUCAAAAGGGAUCGGUCUCGCCAUUGUUGAUGCUCUAACAGAAGAGAAUUCUAAUCCGAAACCAACAAAACCCGAAACCCGUUUGGUUCUGUUGGGAUCUCAGUUGAAGAUUCAAAUCCCUCCUCUACCGCCGUUCGUUUCUCCGGCUGACGAGGAAUUCGGGAUCAAGACGAGGAAUUCCCAUCUGGGUUCCUCAUCCCCUGUUUCAUCUCUGUCGCCGCCGAAGAAAUCGGCGUUCGGAUCCUCGAGCUCGAACUCCGGCCAGGAGACUCCGAAUUCCCCUCUGGUUUUCACCGGCUGUCUCUCCGCCGAUGAAAUCGAACAAUCAGAGGAUUACACCUGCGUGAUCUCUCACGGCCCAAAUCCUCGAACCACUCAUAUCUUCGGCGAUUGCGUAAUCGAAAGCGGCUCCGGCGUAUACUCACCGGCGAGGAAAGAAAAUGGAACAAGCUUUUCCCCAGAAAAUUUCCUCAGUUUCUGCGACAAUUGCAAGAAGAAUCUAGAACAGGGGAAAGAGGCGAGAAGGCAUUUUGCAGCCAUGAAUGUCGAUUCCAAGAGAUGAUGCUAGAGGAAGAAGACGACUGAAAUGAAGAAAGCGCCAUGGAAAUGGAAAUUAUUGGAACGAUUCCCAUGUCUUUGUGCUCUGUUUUGUAGAGUUGGAAUUUUGUUGUAUGUUUGUUUAAUUACAGGAUUUUUUUUUUUUUUUUUUGCCCUUUUAAUAUUUCAUUGUCGUAAUAAUGAAAGCUAUUAUAUUAUGUGAUUAA